GUAUCUCAAUACAAGGGUUAAGGAUGGGGUUCACCGGCAUGCAAACGUUCUCAUCAGCAGUCAACGAUGUGCACCUGUCCCGCGUUACCUCCUCAGUCUAGGAUUGGCCAGCGAGUAUUUCCUGUUUCACAUUUAACCAGUACUCUGGAAGAGGAAGAUAACAUUUUCAGCUGACAAGCAAAAUGGCUGCUUGGAUUUCUGCAAGUCAGUUGCUCCUCAUUGCCCUGUUAAGUUGGAAUGUCUGUUGCUUUCCUGCUAAAAAGGGUUUGAGCCAGAAUCAUCAUGAUAGUUUAGGUCAUAGUUCAUCUCAAGGUGCUCCUGCUCAGCCUACCGAUGUGGCUCAUCCUCCUGUCUCCUUCUUCCAUGAACCAGUUGUGGAGGGAGUCUAUUCUAGUCCUACUGUACACAGUUCCAGUGGGGCUUCGUGGAGCCCUCAACCUUUUCAGACAGGCGAGCUUGACCACUAUGAAGAGACCCUCGAGCAUGGUAAUUCAGAAAGGGAAACUGAGGACUUUAUGCCGCCACCCCCACUCCCUCCAUAUCCGAGACCCGAGUUCCAGGCUGGUGAGCUGAGUCACCAUGAGUCCAUUUAUGAGCAUGGGAAUGUGGCGAGAGAAACGGAGGACCAAGGCUUCAGUCCACUAUCUCCCUAUGAGAUGUCGGCUGCCUCUACAUCUGACAGCCGUUUGCAGCCAGUUCCACUAGAACCAAGGCCAUUUGGACCAAGCUUAUACAACCUCUUCAAGACUGGUCAACUCCCUGGUGGCACAUACACUCAGUCCCUGGCAAACUAUGAAACUGGUCACCACCUGGUUGAAGCCCACUGGAAAUACUUCUCUUAAAAUCCAGUCAUCCCCACUCACAUCCAGGAGGUGCCCAGUGAUGGACUCUAGCAGCAGCUUCAAGACUAUAACAAAUCUCAAAAUGGGAUUGUUCUUUCAAACAACAAACUGAUCAGGAAAAGUGCAGCUGUAAUAGUUCUGCAGUUUACUCAAAUGUGUGUAUUGACAUCUCUGGUCAGGUUAUGAAAUAAAAAGCUAACUUAACAUUUGUAU